CUUGCCACUGACAGUUGUUUAGUUGACAGCAACAUGAAAACAUGUUGUACGGGUAGUGCGUAGCGAUAAAUUAUUAAACGAAUAAAACAAAUUGUAAUUUUUUAACGAUUUACACAAAUAACUUAAAAGAAUAAACAAAAUAAGAUAAUAGUGUAGAAAAGAAUAAAUUUACUUUUAAAAAUAAAUACAAAUUAAAGCAAACGUUUAAGAAAGUUUCAAGUAAUUUAACAAAAAGUUUUGUGUAUUAAAGUGUGUCUGUGCAAUUUCCUUAAAAAGUGUGUAAAAAUAUAAAGUUGUCCCCCUCUUUUUGUAGCAAAGUGUAGAAAAAAAUCCAGUAGUUAAUAAAUAAAGAAAAAAUAACGUGAUAAAAACGUAACAACAGCAAGAGAAAGUAAAAUAUAACAACAAAUAAUAAAAACAAAAAAAAAAAAAAUAUUAAAAUAAAGUGUAGUGCAAAUGUAAAUACAUAAAUUGUUUAUAAAUGAAAAGCUUGUAAAGCAGCGUAACAAAAUUAAAAGAAUAAAUAAUAAUUCUACAAAGUACAACAACAAUAAUCUCUUCAAGGUUCUUACUAAAGUUAAAUGCUCUAUUUGCUGCCACGACAAGGAUACAAAAAGACAAAAAAGGCACUAAUAAUGGUGUGAGUUUGCUGUUAACUUGGAUGGGUACUUUAGAUAUGCUAGAGAGCCGAACAGUAAAGUGAUUGCUUACAAUUUGUGCGUGUGGCAAAGUACAUAUUGCGGGGGAAAGGAAAGACAAAUGGUGGCAAAUUAAAAACAGUAUCCUACCUAAAAGUAUGUAAUUGGGAAAAAAAUUACUAUUUUAGCAAUUUUGCCAUGAUAGCAAGGAAAAUAGACUCUAUAAAGCGCUAAUUGUAUUAUAAUAAAGUGAAUAGAAGGAAAGGCAAAAGCAAAAAAGCUUAAAUGGAAAAGCAAGAGCAAAAACAAUGUAUGUAAUUGAAAUCUAACAUUACAAUAAAUGAGGAAAAUCUAUUGUCAUUAUAGUGUUCCACAGCACUUGUGGAAUCAUUAAACUAAGCCUAUCAACAGAUUAAGGCAACAAAGUCUAUACUUGCAUGUUGGCUGGGAUUUAAUGAGGAAAAAGGGAAUUGACAAAAAGGUAGAAUUAAAUGAAACUAAAAUCAUUUAAAAAUUGCUGUCUAUAAUAGAAAAAAUAGACAGAUAACUAUUGUCACCCCAGUUAAUGGACAGCAAAAAAAGGUUUAAUUUUAAAAUCACAAACCCAAAACUAAAUGCUUAAACUCAUUAAAGAUAGCAAAACUCUAGCAAAGCCUUUCUAUGUACAACAGCGCCAUCAUUAAAACAAUCUUCUAACUAUUUGUUAAAAACAAAGCAAACAAAGAAAACAAUCGGAUUAAUUCAUUCCAUGUACAAGUACACUAUAUGUAAAUAAUCGAACAUAUUGUAGCCCCUGGAGAUUAAAACGGCAUUUUCCCGUACUCCAAAGCCAAGAAAAAGCCUAAAUAACAACACGCCCAUACAAAACUUGUUAACACGGAAAAAACGCUCAAAUACCCGGGAUUACCUACAACAAUCAAAUAAAAACAGCAAAGUGUAAAAAAAACGCAAAAUCUUUAUUCCCUUAAAAAACACACACACAACAACAAUACACAAAGUAAUCCCCCACAACAGCAACAAAAUAAAAUAAACUCUAGUCCAAAAAAAUAUAACUUUCAACCCCCAACCCUAUUUCCACAUAAAAUGAUGUUUCUACGCCUGCAAAAAAUAGUUUAAUUCCAACUCCCAUUUUUAUGUCUUAUUUAAUGAAGUUAUCUUUACGCUUUUCAUCUUUAAACUUUUUAAAACGUUCACAUUUAAUUGACAACUUCAUUAUUACUACCACUACUACUACUACUAUAACUAUAAUUAUUGUUGCUGUUGUUCCACGUUAUGGAUCAUGCCUUUGGUGAAGGAAAAGUUAGAGACCAAAGAAAUCAUCAAGGAUAUGCGCAAAAACGUUUCGGUACAAGUUGAUAGUGAUUUUGCUUUACUUCUGCCCAGCGGUGUUUAUGAAAUCAAAAAAAUGGAACCACGUUCAAAAAUACGAACCAUUAUCGUAUUUUGUUUAUUUUUAGCUAUAGCGGGUAUUAUUGGUUUCGGUUAUUUCUGUCAAGAUCAGGUCUGUGCAUUAUCAAAACGUAGCAUGAUUUUACAACCAGAUUUAUUAUCAUACAAUGAUAUACCACAGCAGCCACCAUUACCACCCGGUGCUGUUGGAGCGGCCUCAGCACAGGCUGUAGCAACUGGAGCCUUAAUAGUUCAUCAACAGCUGCAGCAACAAAUGCAUCAGCAGCAACCACUACCAAUGGCCUCGACCAAAACAAUACAACAGAAUAAUAUAAUUAUAGCCAACGCUGGCUUAAGUUACGACGAUGUACUAAAUGAUGAUUUUCAAUUUGAUAUGGAUGGUCAUGAUGUGAUGGUAUUUUUGCAUAUACAAAAAACCGGAGGAACAUCAUUUGGUCGUCAUUUAGUGCGUGACUUGGAUUUAAAGAGACCCUGUGAGUGUCAACGACAGCGCAAACGCUGCUAUUGCUUCCGUCCACAUCGCAAUGAAAAUUGGCUAUUUUCACGCUACUCAACCGGUUGGAAAUGUGGCCUACAUGCCGAUUGGACUGAACUAACCUCUUGUGUCGAUCAAGAACUCGACAAAAACGAAGGUGAAUCGGCGAAACGAAGAUAUUUCUAUAUAACCCUACUACGAGAACCUAUAGCACGCUAUAUGUCGGAAUAUCGACAUGUUAAACGGGGAGCCACCUGGAAGGGCUCAAGGCACUGGUGUCUGGGUAGACAAGCCACUACACAAGAAUUGCCACCCUGUUAUAAAGGCAAAGAUUGGUUGGAUGUAACCAUAGAUGAGUUUGCGGGUUGUGAUUCAAAUUUAGCGGCAAAUCGACAAACUAGAAUGUUGGCCGAUUUAGCUUUGGUGGGUUGUUAUAACAAAUCGGCCAUGCCAUCGCACGAAAGAGAUCGUGUUAUGUUGGCCAGUGCUAAGAGAAAUCUAGCAGCCAUGGCAUAUUUUGGUUUAACGGAAUAUCAAAAGAUUUCCCAAUAUAUUUUUGAAGAAACGUUUAAUUUAAGGUUUGCCAUACCGUUUGAACAGCACAAUACCACCUUAUCGGUAUCGGCCAUACAUAAUCUACGACCCGACCAAAGACGCCACAUAGAAGAAUUAAAUAGUUUAGACAUUGAAUUGUAUGCUUUUGCCAAAAAUUUAUUAUUUGAAAGAUUUGAACAUCUUAAAGCUAAAGACAACGAUUUUGAAAAACGUUUUGCCAAUUUAGGCAAUAUUUAUUAUAAACAGGGUGUUACCGAAUUCAAUUGGGACAGUAAUAUCGAUGAAACUGUUAGUACAGAACAUUGAAUAUUUCCAAAAAAUAUAUAUAUUACACACAACAAAAUAUUUAAAAGAAAUCUCUAAAAAUUAAUGAAAGUGAACAAUUGUUUAAACCAAAAAUUAUUAUAAAUAAUCUAAAAACUAAAAAAAAAUUAUACACAAAUCCAAAUAAGUUAUUUAGUUAUAAAAAUACUUUUAAUAUUAAAAUAAUAUUAAUAAUUUUCUUUCUUUUUUUUAAGCUUAAUUUUAAGCUAACUAAAUACUAUUUAAGGCUUAAGUAAUAAUUAUUAUAAUAUUAAUUAUUAAUAUUUAAAUUAAAACAGACAGACUUUAAGUAGUUUUUAAGUCUUACAUUUUUUUUAGUACUAAUAAUAGAAAACCUAAACGAAAGAAAACCUUACAAAAACCUUUUAAUUUUUAAAAAUCACUACUGUAUUAUUUGUUUUUAUGUCUAUACUUUAUAAAAUGUAAUUGUAUAUAUUAAUAAGAAAAAAUCUGUAUAAAUUAAGUUUAACUUAAAGUAAUUAUGUUUCAAAUAAUACAAAAUGAAUUUGGGCAUAUCACAGAAUUUCGAAUGAUAGUUGCAAUUUAAUAUAUUGAGGGAAAAAAAUUUUGUGAAAUUGUUAUUGAUUUCAAUGUCAUUAUGCUUUCUGAGACAUGCACGAACGUGUCCAAAGUUUUAUAUAUUUUAGAUUUUAUCAUCCAGUUUAGCAAUUUUUUUGUGAUAUGCCCCUUUAAAGUAUUUUUUUGUCUGAUUUUAAAAACCAACUGUCUCUCUGUUAUUCUCUCUACUCUUUGAACUAUAUAAAAUUUACAACGAAAUUUCUCUUCUCUGAAAUUAAUUUUUUGUUUUUUAUAUACAAUUUAUUGUAAACAGGAAACUACUCAAUAAUUCUAAUUUUAGAAAAAAUUUAUAAAAUUUAUUAAAAUUUGAAAAUCAAAUUUUGAAAACUCCAACUUAAAUGAAAUUAUAUUCGAUUAAGCUUUUGCAUUAAAAAACUCGUCUAUAGACGAGUUUAUGGACGAGUAUUUACUAGGCGAGUUUAUAGAGUAGUCUAUAGUUCUGUUUAUAGACAAGCCAAGGGGUCUUUAGUCGAGUUUAUAGAAGACACUAUAGUCGAGUAUUUAUUUUAGUAUUCAGUCGAUUGUAGAUGAGUUUUUAGACGAGAUUAUGGUCAACUUUGGAGACUAGACGAGUCUGAGUUUAUAGAUAAGAAUGAAGUUGAGUCUAUAGACUAGUCUUUAAUUGAGUUAAUAGAAGAGACUAUACAUGAGUUUAGAGUCCAGUUUAUAGAUGAGUAAAAGUUUGAGUUUAUAGACGAGACUUAAAUCGAAUUUAUAAACAAUCUAUAGUUGAGUUAAUAAAUGUAAAUGAGUUUUUAGACGAGUUUGUAGAUGAGUUUUUAGACGAGUUUGUAUGUGAGUUUGUAGACGAGUUUGUAGGUGAGUUUGUAGACUAGUUUAUGGUCAACUUUGUAGACGAGACGAGUCUUUAGUUGAGUUUAUAGAUGAGAAUAAAGUUGAGUCUUUAGACUCGUCUUUAAUUGAGUUCAUAGAAGAGACUAUACUAGAGUUUAGAGUCCAGUUUAUAGAUGAGUAAAAAGUUGAGUUUAUAGACGACACUUAAAUCGAAUUUAUAAACAAGUCUAUAGUCGAGUUAAUAAAUGUAGAUGAGUUUUUAGACGAGUUUGUAGAUGAGUUUUUUGACGAUUUUGUAGGUGAGUUUGUAGACGAGAUUAUGGUCAACUUCGAGACGAGACGACCCUUUAGUUGAGUUUAUAGUUGAGAAUAAAGUUGAGUCUAUAGACUCGACUUUAUUUGAGUUCAUAGAAGAGACUAUACUCGUGUUUAGAGUCCAGUUUAUAGAUGAGUAAAAAGAUGAGUUUAUAGACAAGACUUAAAUCGAAUUUAUAAACAAGUCUAUAGUCGAGUUAAUAAAUGUAGAUGAGUUUUUACACGAGUUUGUAGAUGAGUUUUUAGGCGAGUUUGUAGACGAGAUUAUGGUAAACUUUGUAGACGAGACAAGUCUUUAGCUGAGUUUAUAGAUGAGAAUAAAGUUGAGUCUAUAGAUUGGUUUUUAAAUGAGUUCAUAGAAGAGACUAUACUCGAGUUUAGAGUCCAGUUUAUAGAUGAGUAAAAAGUUGAGUUUAUAGACGAGACUAAAAUCGAGUUUAUAAAGAAGUCUAUAGUCGAGUUAAUAAAUGUAGAUGAGUUUUUAGACGAGUUUGUAGGUGAGUUUGUAGACGAGUUUAUGGUCAACUUUGUAGACGAGACGAGUCUUUAGUUGAGUUUAUAGAUGAGAAUAAAGUUGAGUCUAUAGACUAGUCUUUAAUUGAGUUCAUAGAAGAGACUAUGCUCGAGUUUAGAGUCCAGUUUAUAGAUGAGUAAAAAGUUGAGUUUAUAGACGAGACUAAAAUCGAGUUUAUAAACAAGUCUAUAGUCGAGUUAGUAAAUGUAGAUGAGUUUUUAGACGAGCUUGUAGAUGAGUUUUUUGACGAGUUUGUAGGUGAGUUUGUAGACGAGACGACUCUUUAGUUGAGUUUAUAG